AUGGGUAAAUCCGCCGUUAAGUCUGCCAACGGCAAGACCUCCAAGAAGGACGCCUCGAGCACCGUCAAGGCCGCCGCUACCACCAAACCCACCUCUUCAAAGUCCAAGGAUAUCGCCAAGAAGGCGAGCGCCGUCGUCGACAAGAAGUCCUCUAAGAAGGACAAAAAGAAGGCCCCCACCCCCGAAUCUGAAUCUGACUCCGAGGACUCCGAUGACUCUGAAGACUCGGAUGAUUCCUCAGAAUCCGACUCUGAGGAGGAUACCAAGCCUGUCCCCAAGAAAGUCGACGCUAAGAAGGCCGCAGCCAAGGAGGAGUCUUCUGACUCUGAGAGCGAUUCUGACAGUGACGAGUCUAUGAUGGAUGCCCCUGCUGUCGUCACCAAGGAGGAGUCCGACUCCGACUCUUCUGAGAGCGACUCUGACUCGUCUGAGGAUGAGAAGCCCACUGCCAAGAAGGUAGAAGCUAAGGCUGAGGUAAAGAAAGCAGCUGCUAAGGAAUCUUCCGAUUCGUCCGACGACUCCGAUUCAGACUCCGAUUCCGAUUCCUCUGACUCUGACUCUGACUCUGAAUCUGAAUCUGAUAAGGCCAAGGCUUCCGACAGCGACUCCGACUCGGACUCGGACAGUGACUCCGACAGCGACUCCGAUGAUUCUGAGCCAGCUGCCGACUCCAAGAAGCGCAAGGCCGACACUGAGGCCGAGCCUACCGCCAAGAAGGCUAAGACUGAAAAGCCAGCCGCUGCUGCUGCCGACGAGAACUCCAAGAACCUUUUCGUCGGUUCCCUCUCAUGGAACAUUGACGAGGACUGGCUUCGUGGGGAGUUCGAGUCUUUCGGUACUAUCUCUGCCGUACGCAUUGUCACUGAUCGUGCCACCGGCCGCUCUAAGGGAUUCGGAUACGUUGAGUACGAAGACGCCUCUUCCGCUAAGGCCGCUCUUGAGGCUAUGAACGGCAAAGAGCUCGACGGACGUGCCCUUAACAUCGACUACUCCACUCCCCGCCCCGAGCAGGCCCCCCGCGAAAACCGCGCCAAGCAGUAUGGUGACCAGAAGUCACCUGAGUCUGACACUGUCUUCGUUGCCAACCUUGCCUUCGAUGCCGACGAGGAAUCAGUCAAGGCUGAGUUCGAGGCUUUCGGUAACAUCAUCGGUCUUAGGAUCCCUACCGACCCUGACACUGGUAACCGCAAGGGCUUCGGGUACAUCCAGUACGAUUCUAUUGACUCCUCUCGUGAGGCUGUCGAGAAGAUGAACGGCGCUUUCAUUGCCGGCCGUGCUAUCCGCACUGAUUUCUCCACUCCCCGUGACCCCUCUUCCGGCGGUGGCCGUGGUGGUCGCGAUGGUGGCCGCGGUGGAUUCCGUGGCGGUCGUGGUGGUGGUGACCGUGGUGGCCGUGGUGGUCGUGGUGGCGGGUUCCGUGGCGGUCGUGGUGGUGGUGACCGUGGUGGCCGCGGUGGUGGUGCCAGCCGCAACCGUGGUGGAUUCGGUGACUUUUCGGGGUCAAAGAAGAAGUUCGAUUAA